AACAUUCACUUGAAAAAUUCGCUUCAAACACCUCUAAACCUUUCAUCUCAUUCACAUCAGUAUAAUGUCGGUCUUCUCCUAUGAGCCAUACUACGACUUUGACCGCCUUCUCGACGAUAUACUCACCCCGCGCACAGCGCGUCAUAACUUCGGCGGUGACCAGAGACAGGCUCUGCAAAGCCAUGCUACCCCCGAGGGGGCUGUCCGGGCUUUGAAGCCAAGAAUGGACCUGCACGAAGACAAAGAGAAAAACCUUGUAACAGCCACAUUCGAGUUCCCCGGCUCGAAAAAGGAGGACGUCCAUCUCGAGAUCCAUAAUGGCCGUCUAGUUGUGUCAGUUGAGAAUAAAAUAUUGGAAGAGCAUAAUGAGGGUGGCUAUGCGGUGCGCGAGCGGAGGUAUGGGAAGUUUUCGAGGACUUUGCAGUUGCCGCAGGGCAUCAAGGAUGAGGAGAUUAAAGCGGGGAUGGAGGAUGGUAUUUUGACUGUUACGUUUCCCAAGUCGGGCGCUGAGCUUGCUCCGAAGAAGGUCACUAUCUCGUAAAUAUGGAGCUCAAGUCCUGUUGGUUUUUUUCUUUGGGAGGGGUUCUCCGACCUGUAACAUCUGUUCCAUGACUCUUAUUUGUGUAAAUCUUGUACUGGUCAUUUCGAAUUCUUUGAUAUGUAGCACAAAGUCAAAUCGAUACUAAGUGUUCUACGUCAACACUA